AAGAGGCGAUGGAAAGGGUUGAUCAGGCUUAUUUGGAUGAAAUUCUGAAAUCACAAGGAAAGACAGAAAGUGGAAAAUCUGUUAAUGAUGUCAAAUUUGAAGAUGCUGGAACUACUUUGGAAGAAAUAAAGAUUAUUCAUCUCGAGAUUCGAGACUGGCCAAUCUGUUCAUUCUUCACUUGAUCUAUGGAAUCUGAUACAGUCCAUUAUGUACGUCAUCUAUACGUUUGUAAUCUGUACUUUUAAGUUGGCUGAAGAGAGCUAAUGCCUGAAACGCGACCUGUAACUAGUGUCCCAACUGAAUAAAGAGAUGAACAAUCUGCCAAGUGUUUUGGAAAAAGUCACUUUAUUGUGUCUGUAUAAAGCAAAGUAAACUACAACAUGGUUUCAUCAGAAUCUAAUAAUUUACUGUUAUGUUAUGUAAUGUAAUUAAGUUCACUAAGUAUUCAAGGUAUCUGAGAUCCAGUUAAUAUUUGAAUUCAGGAAAGGUAAUAUUUGUCCAUCUUUAGUUUUUAUUCCUGUUUGUUUUUGUAUUCUUAUUUAUUGGAAGAUAAAUGGAGCAGUUUGGUGACUGGGCGGUAAAGGAUAGGACAUGACAUUGGCACAGCCUGUCUAUGAAAAAUUCCCAAGGUUCUCUGCCUGGAUUGAUCUGGGUCUCCAAAAUAUUGGACCAAUGCCUUUAUUGCGUCAUCUGUGAACAGAUGCAUUUGUUUAAGAAAAAAAAACCACUUCGUUUAUUGAUUAUUAAUAAGGAAUGUAUCAUUAAAUGGACACAUCUAAGUUUAUUGAAUACUAAUAACAUUCAAAUUGAAAUUGUCCUCAUAAAAAUGAAAAAUGAUAUGGCCAAAAAUUUUGGCAGAGGAAACGAUAACCACGAUAUUAAAGUAAUUCUUACCUUUUUAAAGUUCAUCCUUCAACUGUGGGGUCAGAAACUGAAUGCGAGAACGGAAAGUGAGAAAAUGUGCAUGAAGGGAAAAUUGGCAUCAGCCACCUACACACAAACGCAGUCUUACAUCGGGCCGUUAUUCAAGAGGUUGAAGAACAAGACUAUUCACGAAGAUAUUUUAGAACAUCUGGUACACAUAGCAAAGUAUAUGCUGGAUAGAGAUUACGUCAAAGCUAAUGACACCUAUCUGCAGAUGGCCAUUGGCAACGCACCCUGGCCCAUCGGCGUCACCAUGGUUGGCAUUCACGCCCGUACCGGCCGAGAGAAAAUCUUCUCUCGCAACAUUGCACAUGUGUUAAAUGACGAAACGCAAAGGAAAUUCAUUCAGGCACUGAAACGACUGAUGACGCAAUGUCAGAGAUUGUUCCCCACCGACCCGUCGAGAUCGGUAGAAUAUAACGCCUAAACGAAAUUGCCAUUUGUGUGGGGACAGAUGGGAAGGAGACAUGAUGUGUAAAAGAAUUUUAUUUCAACCAACAGUUAUUACAAUGUCAUCUGAGAAAAUAUCACAAAAUCAACAACAUUAGGCAAGUGCUGCAUUUACAAAGUGCACACACUAGUGACUGGGUAUUUUCGUAACUGAUAUGAUGCAAACGAGUCGAACGUGAAUAUGUAAAUAUCUAUCAAAAAUCGUCUCCGUACAAAAUUACGACGUGAAACUAUUGGAAAAACAAAAACGGAUUGGGGCAACACAUAAACAA